AAUUGUGUUGUUCAGAGCUCAUCUAGAGAAUGUCAAUGUUUUUGAGCGCUUGCACUCUUCUCUUCACUUUCUUCCUGCAACUGUCUGAAGGCUGGAUUUUGUUGUCUCCCUCCCCUCAGCAGUUACUUGCUUGAAGAGUUGCAGAAUAGCUUAUCUGUGUGCCCCAGAAGGGUGGGACUCACAGAGAUCACAGGCUUUUUACAAAGAGCCAAAGCCAGCCUGCCGACUAAGAGAAAAUUUGCUGAGGGUUUCAGCCCUGAGUGCCACAUGGGCUUUGCAAAAGCAGCGAUUGCACGGGAGGGACUCAGCUGGGUCCGGGGCGGCCGCUUCCACUGCCAAGAGACAAGUGAGCAUCGCCUCGUCCUGGAAAAUCACUGCUGGUGUUCCAGUGCUGUGCAUCUCUGCUGUCCUGUGUGGUGAACGACAGGAGCAGGAGGACACAGAGCUGUUUCUGGACACUUGGGUCGCAUGUCCUCAGUGAUGAGAGCUCCAGAGCUGGGAAUGAGCCUGGAGCCGAGCUCCGCUGGGAUGUGACCUGGGACCGCUCGCUUAAAGCCUUGUCACUCUGCACCUGCCCCUCUGCACGUUCCCUGUGCUCACCCACGUGUUUUAUCAGGUUACUGCAAAGCCUGCAGCAGUCUGAGCUCAUUGUGUUCAAGGCUCAGAGUACACCCCUGUGUUCCUGAGACAGAGUUAAGGGAAAGCACUGAUUUGUCUCAUUUUUUGACACGAGUCUUCGCAAUGGAUGAUGGAGCAGAGUCUCUGAUGACCGUGCAUCUCCUCACCCAUUUGGGACACUCAUUUCCUCUGCGGCAAACUCUGGAUCGCCUUUUGGAGUGGCUCUGCCUGGACAUUCGCCUUUUCCUGGUGUCCGAGAGAAUUCCCCCCCUGAAAUACUACGAGCGAUACCGCAAGAGGAGCUGCAGCUUCCCUGGAAUAUCCAUCCUCCUUUUUCUGCACGAGGACUUGGGAGAAGAACGGAUUUUCCAGGUCCAGGAGCAGUUCCAGCGCCCUCCCUGGCGGUACCAGCGGGUCCAGUUUGCUGAUGGGCAAAGCCCCCCCUAUGCCCCAUCCCACCAGGAUUUCUAUGGCCUGGAUGAGCAGCUGCCCGUGUGGGGCGUCAGGCGGGCGCCCCGCGGCCCCGAAAUCCUGCGCGUCACCCUCUACUGCAGCUUUGACAACUACGAGGAUGCAGUGAGGCUCUACGAGAUGAUCCUCCAGAAGGAAGCCACUCUGCAGAAGAGCACUUUGUGUGUCUUCGUGCUGCACACCACCCCGCACGUGGCCGUGCAGCUGUGCCUGAAGCAGCUGCCCAUCGGGGUGGCCGCCGAGCCCAGGGACUCGUCAGCCUUGCAGUUCAGGGUGCAAGAAAUCGGGCAGCUGGUGCCCCUCCUUCCCAACCCCUGUGUUCCCAUCAGCAGCACCAGGUGGCAAACACAGGACUAUGAAGGAAAUACGAUUCUGCUCAAGGUUCAAAGCAGCUGCAGGACCCUUGAAAGAAACAUCGGGCUUUCCCAGCAGCACAAUGUAACAGGCAGUGGAAAAAUCCCGCAGGACUGUAUGCCAGCCCCUCUCUCUGGAAAACGGGGUAAUGCUGGGCGGAGGAGCCAGGAGGUCAGAGCUCUGAAGAGUAAAGCAAACCCUGAGCCCAGUGAAGCCGCUGUCUCUGGGCAAGCCGGCGGUGAGCUCCGGAGGCGCUCGGGCAGUGCCCGCGGUGCGGCUGCAGCCCGGCCGCGCUGGGAGGCGCCUUCUCUGGGCAGGCAGGGGGCUCCUCUCCCGGAGAGCCGCGGGCCCCGGGCCGCAGAGACCGACGUGGACACCGGGCUGGCCGUGGGGAAUCCCGGGCGCUGCCCGCGGAGCCGCCUCCCCGGGGCCCUGCGGAGCAGCCCCCGGCAGCCGCCGCGCCCCGGGGCCGGCAGCGACAAAGCGGAGCUCGGAGCUCCGCGGGCCGGCCCCGCACACCCAGCACAGGACGAGGAGGAGGAGGAGGAGGAAUUCUUUAUAUGACUGAAACCGAACGUGCCAGAUGGACUCGCCCUUCCCAAAGGACGGCGGAGCGCUUUUGGAUGUGCUGUGAGCGCUGCUGCUCGGCGUGUACCUCUGCAGCUGUGGCACCCCGCCAGGGGUCACCGGGGCAGACACUGAAUUCCCGUGGAGAGAUGCUAAGGAGGGUGCGGGAAAAAUAACACUAUUUACUGAAAGCUGUUGUUUUGUUUUGUUUUGUCUUAAUGCACAAUAGGUGAGGGGCAUGUUGUGCACUGAAUAGGAAUUAGCCACAUGACUCCUACAGCUGUCCUAAGAUGCUAAAAAAUAGACAGAGACAGUGACAUCUUCAGACGGGUUCUGAAGGUGCAGCUUUCCUGGGCUGCCCAAGCGGCUGGAUGCCCCCAAACCGUGGGGACUCACCAUCCCUUGCCAGGACAUACUGGAACAAGGUCGUGGCGUGGUCACAGCAGUUAUGCUGGUUUUCCUUUGUGUUCCUUGUUUCCUCUGUUGCUAGUAUUUAAAAUCUAUCAAUGUUGCCAAUUUUAUGCAAUAUUUGAAACAAGAAUAUUCUUUUAAAUGUCUCAAGAAAAAUAUUUCUAGCGAGACCUUUUUCCCAACUCAGCAGAGUACAUGCAAAAACCACACACUUGAAGAAAAGUGC